GAGCCCCGCCCCCGAGGGGCGAGGCCGCCCGGGAGGCGGCGCACGGCCGCUUCUCAUUCAUUGUCUGACAGAGCAUCCUCGGGCCGCCGGGCUGCAGCUCCGCCGCUCCCGCCGCCGCCUCCCUUCCUCCUCCGCUGGGGGGUCACGCUCGUGUCCGCAGCAGGAUGAGCCGGCAGGUGGUCCGUUCCAGCAAGUUCCGCCAUGUGUUUGGACAGCCAGCCAAGGCUGAUCAGUGCUAUGAGGAUGUGCGGGUCUCACAGACCACCUGGGAUAGUGGCUUCUGUGCUGUCAACCCCAAAUUCAUGGCCUUGAUCUGUGAAGCCAGUGGGGGUGGAGCCUUCCUGGUGCUGCCCCUGAGCAAGACUGGACGAGUGGACAAGAAUGUGCCCCUGGUCUGUGGCCACACAGCCCCCGUGCUGGACAUUGCCUGGUGCCCCCACAAUGACAACGUCAUUGCCAGUGGCUCCGAGGACUGCACGGUCAUGGUAUGGGAGAUCCCGGAUGGGGGUCUGACACUGCCCCUGAGGGAACCUGUUGUCACCCUGGAGGGCCACACCAAGCGGGUGGGCAUUGUGGCCUGGCACCCCACAGCCCAGAAUGUGCUGCUCAGCGCAGGUUGUGAUAACGUGAUCCUGGUGUGGGAUGUGGGCACUGGAGUGGCUGUGCUGACACUGGGUCCAGAUGUGCACCCAGACACGAUCUACAGUGUGGACUGGAGUAGAGAUGGGGCCCUCAUCUGCACCUCCUGUCGUGACAAGCGCGUGCGAAUCAUAGAGCCCCGCAAAGGCACUGUGGUAGCUGAGAAGGACCGUCCUCAUGAGGGGACCCGGCCAGUACACGCAGUGUUUGUGUCGGAAGGGAAGAUCCUGACCACAGGCUUCAGUCGCAUGAGUGAGCGGCAGGUGGCGCUGUGGGACACAAAGCAUCUGGAGGAGCCACUGUCCCUGCAGGAACUGGACACCAGCAGUGGAGUCUUGUUGCCCUUCUUUGACCCUGACACCAAUAUUGUCUACCUCUGUGGCAAGGGGGACAGCUCUAUCCGGUACUUUGAGAUCACCUCGGAGGCUCCGUUCCUGCACUAUCUCUCCAUGUUCAGUUCCAAGGAGUCACAGCGUGGUAUGGGUUACAUGCCCAAACGUGGUCUGGAAGUGAACAAGUGUGAGAUUGCCAGAUUCUACAAGCUGCAUGAGCGGAAGUGCGAGCCCAUCGCCAUGACAGUGCCUAGGAAGUCGGACCUAUUCCAGGAGGACCUGUACCCACCUACCGCUGGGCCUGAUCCUGCCCUCACAGCUGAGGAGUGGUUAGGGGGUCGUGAUGCUGGGCCCCUCCUCAUUUCCCUCAAGGAUGGCUAUGUACCUCCAAAGAGUCGGGAGCUGCGGGUCAACCGGGGUCUGGACAGCACACGCAGGAGGGCAGCACCAGAGGCCAGUGGUACUCCUAAUCGGGAUGCCGUGUCCCAUCUGGAGGAGGAGAUGGGGAAGCUGCAGGCCACAGUGCAGGAGCUACAGAAGCGCUUGGACAGGCUGGAGGAGAUGGUCCAGGCCAAGUAGAGGAACCUGGGGCCUUCAGUGGGGCCGAACAUUCACAUCCCUCACCUCGCUCCCUAUAUCCCAGGCCACCAUGGCAGAUAAGAAAAAUAAUAAAAUGUUUUAUUUUCUGGUA